AAAUAAACGUGCCGAAAAAAUAAGAUUGGCCGCGACAAUCACAAACAAAAUGACGAUAUGACCGAUUCAGCAACCCCAAAUAUAAUGUUUUAAAUUGGGCAACAAGCCGGCAAGUCCGGAAGGCUCUGCAGGACAUUUCUUGAUGCACUCACUCGUGUUCAUCUGGGGUUUAACUUUACAAAUUAGGCAUCUGGGCAAUCGCACAAAAGAACUUCUUCCUUCCUUCCUUGGGAAGAGAAUGGAGUUUGAUGAUCUGAAUUUGGAGAAUCUUUUUGAAGGCACAGGAGGUCUGUAUUCUUCAAUAUCAAACGGUGUAAUCACCGCCCCUCUGAAAUCUUCUGGUCAUGCAGAUUCAUGGAGCUGCACAACUCCUCCUCAUCAUCAUCAUUUGCAUGGCCUCUGGCAGGACGUCGAAUCCUACGCUUCUAUUCCAACGUCUGUAGAGGUCGCCCAUGCAAAUAUAAUGCAAAAUGUGAAUGCAACAGGCCUGAUAUGGGAUGGAAAAGUGGAUAAAUCGGAAGGGAGCGGGCUUUCAAAGAAACAAGAGGAUUAUUUUUCUGAUGGGAGUGGAGGAGCGAUGGAUUCGUGGGAUACAGGGCGUUUGACAGCGACGACCAAGAAUCUUAUUUCAGAGAGGAAGAGACGCAGAAAGCUGAAUGAAAGACUCUAUGCCUUGCGCUCCCUUGUGCCUUACAUCACUAAGAUGGACAAGGCCUCUAUCAUAGCAGAUGCAAUUAAGUAUAUUAAAGACUUGCAAAAGCAGGUCAGAGAUAUUGAGGCUGACAUUGCUUCCCUUCAGUCCAACAAGAAUGAAUGCUCUUCCAAUUCUUCUCUGACAUCUGUCACUGCUGAGGUGGAAAAUAACAAUUAUCAAUCACAAGAAGUCAGCUGUCACAUUCCCAAAACCAAUCCCACUGGUGAAAAAAAGCCUCCCUGCCAUGGGCACAGCCCUCUUAAUAUUGAUAUUUCCAAGAUAGAGGAAGGGACAUUUCACAUAAGAAUAUAUUGCAAAAAGGAGCCACAUGUUUUAGUGCACCUUACAAAGGCCCUCGAAUCCCUUCAAUUAUUGGAUGUUCAAAGUUGUAAUAUUACCUGCUUUGAUGACCACAUCAUCAAGAUUGUUAUUGCAAAGAGUAAAGAGGUACAAGAAGAUGCACUGAAAAACACCAUUACAGAUAUGGCCCUUAAGUGUGGUUUCUGUGGAGCUUGAUCGAUGUAAACUAUGGUAUUCUAUCUUGUCUUAUAAACAGAUUUUGUACCUACAUGCAAUAAUUCUUACCUUAUUUGAUAGUGCAUGGGUAGGCCAGGGUAGGCCAGCCUAUGUUCCUGCAAAUCCAAAGAGACACGACUCUCCUUUCCAUUGAGUUUGUGGGAAUAGUAACUGGUGAGCUUUUGGGCUUUAUGUAAGUCACUGAGUAUUCCAUUGAUCAAUAUUAUAAGGAAACUUUAAGAGUU